AUGCACCAGUUCCUGCUUGGAUUUACUUUUGGAAACAUCGUUGGAAUGUACCUGGCUCAGAACUACAAGAUACCAAACCUGGCCAAAAAGCUUGAGGACAUCAAGAAGGACUUGGAUGCCAAGAAGAAGCCACCUAGCUUGUAUGAUAUCCUUUUCCAGAGCCUGGCCCAUCCUGAAAAUACACCCAAAGAGUGUGAGCACACUGGCCAGGACAUGGAAAGAGGUGUGCACCAUAUGGUGUGCACCUGA